GAAACAGAGUUAAAAAAAAAAAAAAGAAAAAAAGAAAAGAAAAGGAACGAACAAAACAGGGGGAAAGGCCAAAAAGCCCUACACUCGAAGGCAGUCCUCGUCUUGCUUCUUCCCUCCCCCCUCCCUCUUCCUCUUCUCACUUCGCAUAGAUCGUUUGAAAACCCCUAAAAAAAGCAAUCAUAGUUUUGUCGAUUUUCCUUCUUCUUAUUCGUUUCUUCUGUCGUCCAAUCUCUCGCCCCUGUAAUCACCAUAUUAUUCUCCUUCUGUUGUUCUGUUCGUCUCUUCAUUUCUCAACAUCUCUCCUUCUCCGUACUGUCACAUACACGCAGCUGUGGUUUGUGCUUCUGUGGCCUGUGAAGAUGAGCAGUGGGGUUAGGGUUUCGAUUCCCAGCAGUGUGCGGAAGACGAUCCAGAAUUUAAAGGAGAUCACGGGCAAUCACAGUGAAGAGGAGAUUUAUGCAAUGCUUAAAGAAUGCUCCAUGGAUCCCAAUGAGACUGUUCAGAAGCUCCUCCUUCAAGAUACAUUCCACGAGGUCAAAAGGAAACGUGAUAGGAGAAGAGAGAAUUUAAACAAUAAAGAGUCUGCAGAGUCAAGGUUGAGACCUGGAAUGCAGGGGCGUGGUAAUAGGGGAGGGCGUGGCAAUUAUUUAAAUCGUUUCACAUCUCACGAUGCUGGUGGUAGCAGGAAUUCUGCUUCUGGAAAGCAAAAUGGAAACAAUCAAGGGUCAGAGAAGGGUGUUGUUUUCUCAUCUUUGCCAACUUCUCAAGAGACAAAAAACAAAGAAACAAAUCCUGUGGCUAGCUCUGUAGCUGUUAUGGCCAAUGGUCCGGUUGAUGUGACUUGUGAGAGUACUGAUGCAGUGCAUGCUUCCCAUUCUUCUGCAAGAAGUGCUGGCAAGCAGCCUGAUGUUACUUCAGCUGUUGAUGUUAGUAAGUUGGGAGGUGCACCACCUCCUCCCCCCCAUAUGGAUUCAAAUAAAAACACCUCAAUUGGGUUUGGUAGUGGGGAAACACAUGAGCAGCCAACAGUCAGCUCUAGUAAUUCGUCGGCUUCUCUGACUCCAGCGUCAUCAUCAGCAGUCUGUUUCUCUUCUUCAGAUCCAGUCCUGGUGCCAUCUCAUGAUACACGGUUCCCUGGUGCAGUGGGUGCAAUAAAACGUGAGGUGGGGAGUCAACGAGCUCCUGUUGAGCCAAAUGCAAUUGCACCUUCUGAGAGCAAAUUAGCGGCUGAUUCUGAGAUUGGGAGUGAGUUCAUGCAAGGAAAGAUGCCGGGCAAACCUCAGGGAGAUGGGAAGAAUCAGGCCAUUGAGUCUGCACAACCUUUACCUUCAUCAACACAUGGUGGCUCUUCUGGUAGACCCUUAUCUAGUUAUAGUAGCCGCUCGCAACAAGUAAUUGGCUCUCAGAAAGGUCCUAGUAAGGAGUGGAAACCGAAACCAGUGAACCCUGCUCAAGGGACUAAAACAACUGUUGCAUCUGAUGAGGUUCUCACUACAUUAGUGGAGGCUGACGUCCAUUCACAUCCUGUUUCGAGUGUCCUUGAUUCAGAAGCAGCAACUUCAGAAGUGCAGAAGAAGCUGGAGGAGUUGCACUUUCCAGAUCGGCAACGCCUGGAUCAGCAAAAUGUCAUCAUUCCAAACCACAUACAUGUCCCUGAAUCUGAAAGAUACAAGUUAAGUUUUGGAAGUAUUGAUGCUUGGUUUGGAAUAAGCACAAGCUAUGUUAAUGGUCCUGAGAGUGACCAAAGCUCCACACCUCGAUCUGAAACUUCACAGGGGAUUGAAGAAACUGUGGAGGGACAAUCCUUGAGCGAUCAAAAUGCAUUGGUUAGCACUGAGGAAGGAGAUUAUCCUGUUCAUCCUCAAUCACCCACGCAUGUACUGGAAAAUUUGUCAUCCGUUGAAGGUGAUGUCUCAGCAGCCACGGCAGUUCCAGAGUACAAUGAACCAAAACAGGAGACUGCACUGCCACCUGGAGGCCAUUCACAUCCGGUGGUUCACACUUCUGCUGGUUAUAGUGUUGGUUUUGUGCCGCCAAUGCUGGGGAGCCAGAUCACUCCAGUAGAAAGUUCCGAGUCUCAGGGGCGUGAUUUUACUCGCCUUCCAAGUUUUGUAGUUCCGCAGACAUUUGAUCCAGCAAACUAUUAUGCCCAAUUUUACCGGUCCAAUGUUGACAGUGAUGGUCGCAUUUCUCCUUUUCAUUCAGCUGGAGUUGCCACCAAGUACAAUGGGAAUGUUGCAGUGUUGUCUGCGCAGACUACACAGUCUUCACAAGAGGGUGGGAACUCUUUGGUUUUGUCUACAGCAGGUCCAACGCCUCUUGUUACUCAACCUGCAGGAGUCAUGCAGAGCUCCAUGGCUGUGACCCAGCAACCGGUCCCUGUCUUCAGACAACCAACUGGGGUGCAUAUAUCCCAUUAUCCCCCUAACUAUAUUCCAUAUGGCCACUAUUUCUCCCCAUUUUAUGUUCCGCCUCCAGCCAUUCACCAAUUUUUAAGCAAUGGUGCAUUCCCUCAGCAACCUCAGGCAGGCAGCAUAUAUCCUGCUCCACCAGCGGCUGCUGCCACUGGGGUCAAAUAUUCUCUUCCACAAUACAAGCCUGGAAAUAAUAUCAACAACUCCAACCCCAUUGGAAUGCAAAGUGGCUAUGGGCUGUAUGGAUCUGCCCCUGCUAAUUAUAAUCCCACUUCAGCUGCAACAAGUGGAAACUCAACAGCUAAUGAGGAUCUUGCUGCAUCCCCAUUCAAGGAAAGUAGUGUCUACGUUACUGGGCCACAGACCGAAGGUUCAGCUGUCUGGAUUGCUGCACCAGGCCGUGAUAUUCCUGGUCUGCAGGCAAGUUCUUUCUACAACCUUCCUCCUCAGGGUCAGCAUGUGACUUACACUCCAACACAGGCAGGCCAUGGUACUUUUGCUGGUAUCUAUCACCCUGCACAAGCUGUAACAGCAGCGAAUGUUCACCCACUUCUGCAACAGUCUCAGACUGUGGCUGGAGCUGCUGAUAUGGUGGGAUCUACAGCCGGUGUUUUUCAGCAGCCUCAGCAUGCACAGAUCAACUGGCCUAAUAGCUACUAAAUGUGGAAGCAUAUUUAUUUUUUACUUGAACCAGCCAAACAAGAUAAUUCAAGUCCAAUCUUGGGAUAUUUUUUUUGAGACUCCAGCAAGUUUGGAUGGAGGGGGGGGAAACUUCAAGAAGAUACAGUGUUGGCCAGAUUUGAGAGUGUAAAUCUAUAAGAGGAGGCUAUAUUUGCCAAUGGUAUCUUCUGAUUGCUUGGGUUGGGGAUGAAAAGGUGAAAUCUGCCUGUAACUGAUAUUGACUUUUAUUAAGUUAGCGGAGGUAGGUAUGUGCAGGUCCUUCUCUUUGUAGCUGCUGCUCUGUGGUUUACCAUUUUUCCAUUUCAUAAUGUGAAGCAUUUUUAUUUUUUAAAAAUUUAAGUUCUCGUAGAAUUACCGAGUGGCAAGAAUCAAUCGCUUUUCUUUUCAUUUUUAUUGUUAUGUUAUAGGGGACUUCGGAAGGUAAGAUAUAGGUUGGUGGGGGAGUUUCUGUUGGUUCUUUUAUCGUCUUUCUGCAGUCUUACCUUUGAAGUGAAUUUUGAAAGCAUGACCAUGAUGUACCGAACUGUUGUAAUUGGUAUAAGCAAAGGCAGCAUUUCCAUUUGUUUCUGUUUAUUAA